AUGGACCACCGCGCCCCCAAGACCGGCAAAAAACCGCCGCUGGAGUCCACGCUGCUGCCCCAGGUGCCACGCAGCAACUACUUGCACACUCAGGAGGAAAAACAAAGGCUGCAGCUAAAGAAAUUCCUCAUGAAUAGGAUGUUUCUAAUCGGCAAUAUACAAGCACAUACAGAAAAAAAGGACAUUGCUGAUUACUAUGAAAACGUGUUCCAGUUAAUUUCGAAACAUCACCUGGGAGAAACGGUGACAGGAUUAUUGCUCAUAUAUCCCACCUCCAUUCUUCAUAUCCUGGAGUCGUCCAGUGGUACACUGUUCCGAAUUCUUUUAGAUUAUCUUGACCAUAAAAAGGGUGAAAGCGAAUUUUUAAUCCAAGGAUUGAAAAUCAUAGUCAUGUCUCAUAACAUCCCAUCGCGACUCUUUAUGCAAUGGCAUGUCUCAGUAAUAAAUGUGCCUGUUAUGUAUCUCGAUGAUGUGACACAGUCCCAGUCCAUAGAAGAGGUCGUCACAGAAUUUCUCACCCAAAUUCAUAAACUGGGACUCCACCUUUUUAAGUCUGUUAAAGUGGGCGCUAAAGGGCCAGGUGAUAACUUGCACCAAAUUGCACCUGAACUAUUAAUCCCAGAACAAAUAAUAAAGUGCUUGGGGAAAGCUGAAGAAUUUCUGGACCCAGAAACAUUCAUAAAAAUGUAUAAUAACCCCAUACACAUCACUCUGGAUUCUGAAGUAGUAUGGCCAGCGCCUACACGUUUCUACGUGUGA